AAGAAGACUUUGGUGGAUUUGUUUAUGAUCAAAUAAAUAAUUAUGACAAAUAAUAAUUCAUAUACUUUACAAUGAAUAUAGUUAUCUAAUGGAAUUAUUUUUUACAUAAUUUGAAAAUAUAUUAUGUUUUAAAAAUAGAUUAAAAAUUAUUAAAAAUAUUAAAAAUUUUCACUUUUUUUAAUAUCAUACAUAAAUAUUUAAUAAUCUGUAAUAUAAAAUUAAAAUAAAAAUUAUUUAUAUUAUGGUUAGAUUUAUAAUUAAAUGUAUGUUUUAUAUAUACAUGUAUUGUAUUCAUAUAUAUUACGGUUCGUAAAUCGGCAUGGUAGGGAUGGUGAGGCAGUAGCAGUAACAAGAGUAGGGAUUCGAUGGCAGUAGCGCGCGUCUGGCGUAGACUUCAGAGUAAAAUGUUGGUGCGGAUAUACUAGUUCUGGAAGUGCUGAAAUAAAUAUGUUUUUAAUAUUUUUAUCUUAUCUUAGUUGAUUUUAUCGCUGUAUAAAUACCAAAGCAGAGUAUUGUUAUUCGUCUUUUAUGGCACGAAUGUUUCUUAUCGAAAAUUAAGAAGAAAACAAUUUACAAAGAUGUCAAAGAAUGCGAAGAGAAAGGAGAUAAGUAUGAUGAAGAAGUGUGAGAUUCGCGUAUGUGUGCCAUCUUGUGCGUGAGAGUUUCGUCAUGUGCAUCUCUAAACUAUUUGUGUUAGUGUGCGUUUUGUAAGCUUAAUGAAAAAUUUGAUAUUGUUUUAAAGUGGAAAGAAAAAAGACGAAAAGAAAUAUCAUGAUAGUGGCAACGAUCAAUGGUCAGUUAGGUCUCUGACCCCACUAAACAAUAAAGAGUUUACGUUUAAAUAAUGUUUUAUGUACAAAUUUAAAGUGUCGUCACGCGAAAUAUAUUCAAAUCGUCAAAAAAUCAUUUCGUGAAUUUGCUUUGGACGCAUUUUAGCGGAGAUAUCUGUUAAUUUUAGAAACUCUGAUGGAUCUGUUGGCACGACUUUGCCAUGAUUCACGUUCCGUUCUUGGUUGAGCAGAGGGAACAACGAACCGCUCUCCUUUGUCUGACAAGGAACGAGGAACAUGGAAAUCUAGCUUUAGCUUGUCGAUUCUUGCAUCGAAACUGAGAAAGCGUUGAUGUUGAAUGCUGGUUAGUGCAAAACCGGAAAUUCGAUGCGUUUAGUAUCAGAUUUCGAAGCGAUGACUCAUUACAAUUACUGUACCACGUCAAUUUUCAUUGUUUUUUUUUUACUACUGUAACUAGUGAUCACGUGAUUAGAAAAUGACAAUUCUACGCGCCAAAGUUUUUAACAAUUGUUAUUUCUGUGGAAACCAAAAAUUUCAUAUUAUUAAUAUUUAUUAUAUAUAUAAUAUGUAUAAUAUUAAUAUCAUUUUAAACGUUUAUUAUUUAUUAAUAAUUUAAAUACUCAUUAUAAAGUAAUAUUUACAUUAAAUAUGAAAUAGAUGCGCAGGAAAAAAUAUAACGUCUUAACCUAAAUUUUUUUUAUUAAUCAGAUGCGUUUAGUUUAUUAAAUAUUCGUGAUCUAUUAUGUUUUAAAUAUUUAUUAUUUAACAAUUAAUGAUAAUUAUAAAAUAAUAUUUAUGUUAAAUGUAAAAUAGAUGUUCAAAAAAUAUAGCAUCUUAACCUAAAUCUUUUUUAUUAAUUAAAUGCGUUUAAUAUGUUAAUAAAAAAGUAGAAUUAAUUAAUUAAUAUUCGAAAAUAUUUAACAAUCGAAAACAAUUGAAUCUAAAAAUCAUAUCAGAAAUAUUAAAUAUGUAAUACACGUACAAUUAUUAUUUCAAUUAUUUCCUUAAUAAUGUACCUUCAUUUUCAAAUUUACAUAUGCAUAAUGCAUUAUAUUUAAAAUGUUUGAAUAAAUAUUUUGCAUUAUUUACAAAAUAAUUCAAAUAUUUUAGCAUCUUAACCUAGAUAUCUCAUUAAAAUGAAAUAUUUUUAAAAACGGAUGAAAUUAUUAGGAAAAAGUGAUUUUUUAAAAAUAAUGGAAUAAUAAAUUAAUUUUAUUAUAAUCAAAAUAAAAUUUAAUCAAAUAAAAAUUAUUAAACUUUAGAAGAGAUAUGCAUGAAUCUGAUAAUCAAAACCAAUCGAAAUUAUAAAACAUGAUUUAUUCCAACUGCUUAUUGCUAAUCACGUGACUCGGAAGCGGUGAUUCAACUAUGCAGAAGUGCUUCGCGCUGAGUUGUCUUUAUUAUCUAAGUACUAUCGUUAAUAGAAUGUACGAAGCAAAUGUUGAUAAUUCUUUGAGUCAAUGUGCAACGCCUCGACGGAAUUUCAAAAAUGAGGAAUUUUUGGAUGUUACGACGAGGCCGAAGCAUGUGGUACAACUUUUACGUUCAUGGAUCCUUCGGUUGAAAACGAGUAGCGAAACUGAAAAAUUUCUAUUCGAGAUGGAAGAGAAACCAAUACCGAAACCUAGAUCGGUAAUGUCUGAGCGACCAAUACCAGCACCAAGAAGACUACCACCAUUGUUGCCAUCAGCUCAAUGCAGUAGCUAUGGUAGUUCGAGUCAGUCGGAAAAAAGUGAUAAUGCGAAAUCGAUAUCGGAAACUCGAAGCACAAACAAUGAAUUUUUUCGAAAUUUGAGUACCAGUUCGCGUCAAUUGAAAGAUGAAAUAUCAGAGAAAAUGACAAUCAAAGGCCGUGCAGUAAUUUCGAGCACGAGAAAUGCUAGCAUUAGAUUGGAGAAAUCGGUAAAAAGUCUUUUAACACGGCGAUUAAUUUCGUCUAAUCAAGAUGAUAUUAUACGAGAUAAUUCAAUCGUUAACAAGAAAUUCAAAGAUCCUGUAGAGGAGGAGAGAUGCGUAUCAAUGCCAACUGAUGAUAUUUUCAGUAGCAUUUCAUUUUACAGUCCUCUAAAUAGUAAUCUGAGAAGCAUCAGAAAUGAGGAGGAUCUUUCCGGAACGUGUCACAACCCACCACCUCCUGCAUAUCCUCCUCCACAUCCUGAUGAAUCUAUCUACGACGAACUACAAUCUGUCACGUCGGGUAGCAGUCGAUAUGAUACGAUUAGUUCGACCAUCUCUGACAAAGUCGACAGGGAUUUUCCCGAAUCGUUUGAUCUCCGUAAUUUCGCACUUAAUCAGGUUAGUGAUUCUGAUCAAAGUUUGAAUCUUUCCGAUAUUAACAUAACUCUACCACAAGAUAAAUUGGAUAAUAUUAAAAGAUUAUCAAGAUCCGAUUCCUGGACUUUUUAUGAUACUGCACCAAUAGGAAAAUCUGAAGGAAUCGAAGAGUUGGAUAGGAUAUCUAGCAUAGAAGAGGAUAUCUUGGACAAAGAAGUGCGUUUUGAUCGAACAUCCAACGCAUCCAAUGAAAGUCAAGCAUCCAUUCAAAAUUCAUUGUAUGGAAAUCUAUCACCACAAAAAACACAAGUGGAGAAAGAAAUAAGGCCCAAUAACAUAGAAAACAGACAACAAAGCAGUAAAUCUUUAUUGUUCGAAUUUGAUCCAUUUGCAAAGACUUCUGAUGAAAACGUAUAUAGUAACUUUGAAAAUAAUGAUCUAAUGUUAUUGGAAACUUUAUUGGCUACCAAUGAUACGCCAAACAGUUCUGGAAGUAUUUUGGAUUUUCAAGAAACAGUUGAUAGUGAAGAAAUACAAAAUAAUAUUAACGAGAAAGAUGCUGAGCAUAUUUCAUCAAUGCCACCAGAACCACCAAGAAGAUUCGAUUCUUUGCCAAAAAACGAAUACGAUGAGGUUGCGGAAAUUCUUUUACAAUCGGAUAAAAAUACUACAGGAAAAAAUCCAGCUUUAUUACCAAAAUUAGCGCAUCUGGUAACGCGAAAACAACCUGCUGCUCCGCCUAGGAAAUUAACAACAAAAAAUCGCUUAAGUCAAUCAUCUUUUUCUCCUAUUAUAUCUGUCUCAGUAUCCACAACUGUAACAACUAGUGAUGAUUCAGCUAUGUAUACGACUAGCAUCAACGAAUCUUCAAAUUCUUCAGUUAAUAAGACAGAAGAACAUAAAUGCGUGAGCGUAAUUCAGAAAUUGAAAAAAUUGAGACAUGAUUCCACUGGGCACGGAAUCAAACCGAAUGUGAUGAAUUUUAUGAAAAGUGGCAGUAAGUUAUUGUCCAGAAAUCGUGAUCAGAAUAGUACAAUACCAAUCACAAAAUCAAUAAAAUUAGAAAGACCAAAAGUGAAUGAAUUACAAAAUCUCAUGACACAUCGAGGAAUCGUUUAUAGAACUGGUAUAGGAAUAGAAAGAGCGAAAGAUCUAGUGCUGAGAGCAGCAGUCUUGGCUGAUCAAAAACUUUCAUUUUAUACUGAUAAAAGUAUGUCUACAUUAAAAGAAGUCAUUGAUCUUAAUACAGUAUACAGCAUUCAUCUUCUCCAGGAUUUUAAGAUAAUUGAUGGAGAAACCGUAUAUUGCAUAGCAAUUAGUGGCGAAGGAAGACCGAGUGUCCAUGUAUUCUAUGCGAAAGGAAUCGCAGAACGAAGAAUUUGGGUUCAAAGAAUAUUAGAAGCCAUUACUACAAUUUUUCCCACAAAAUAUACGACCGAAUUGACAAGAGUAGGAUGGGCCUAUUUAAAGGAAGGUGUAACGGGUACAUGGUUUGCAGCUUGGGUCCUUUUAUAUCAACGAACAUUAAUUUAUACAAAAUCUUUGGAUUCGUUUAUGGCCAUAAUUUUUGGAGAACUUGAUCUUCGGAAAGCUCGAUGUAUCGUUCUACGAGAACAAGAAGGACCAAUUUCCAGUGCAGGAUUAGUUCCGGUAGUAGUUGUCGACGCAGGAGGUACCGGUGCACUACAUGUAGCUGCACCAGGAAUUCACGAAGGAUCCGCAUGGAGACACGCACUCUAUCAAGCAGCCAUUACAUGUGGUCCUGCUUUAGAACAACAACAACUCACACAGGAUAAUGUACCUGUUAUUCUUGACAAAUGCAUCAAUUUUAUUUAUGCUCAUGGUAUUAUGUCAAAGGGCAUUUAUCGUCAAAAUGGAUCCAAUAGUGCUGUAGUUAAAUUAUUGAAAGCCUUUCGUCGCGAUGCAUGGGCAACACAAAUUACAAGAAAUGCAUAUACUGAACAUGAUGUUGCCACAGUUCUUAGAAGAUUUCUUCGUGAUUUACCGAAUCCAUUGUUUCCCUCUAAUAUUCAUGAUCGUCUUUGUUUUACUUCAGAAACUAUCAAUGAAAAUGAACGAGUUUCAGCAUAUAGUAAAUUAUUGUCUACACUGACUCCAAUACCAGCAGCAACGCUCAGGAGAAUUCUUGCUCACCUUCACUGUUUAAGUCAACAAAGUUCUAAGAAUUUAAUGACUAGUGAGAAUCUUUCUGCAAUUUGGGGACCAACAUUGAUGCAUGCUGGUGAAAAUAGCGCAGAAGAAUGGAAUAGGUCCGAAACCAGGGUAAUUGGUGAUUUGAUCAAAUUAUAUCCAAAAUUAUAUCAAUUAACAGCUGCAGAUUUGGCAAAAGAGGCGAAAAUUUUGGAAAUUCUCGAAAAGCAUCAUGGUUCAAAUAAUGGCUUACGUGGAGCACCUUCAGGCGAUCUCAAAAUUUGGAUAUAUAUCUUCUCAAGAGAUGGGGAAUGCGUCAAUGUGACUAUUGGACCACAAAAGACUGCAUAUGAUAUAUGCCAAGAAUUGGCACACAAAAUGAACAUGUUAGCUCAUGAAUUAUGUUUGGAGGAAGAUACAUUGUCUGGUGCAUUAGAAAGACCAUUACAUCAUAAAGAGCGUGUCCUUGAAGCAGUAGCAAGAUGGGGAUAUUGGGAUCCCGAAGAUAGAAAGGACAAUGUUCUCAUACUUAAGAAAGAUCGAUUAUAUAAGGAUAUAGUAUCCUUGAUAAAACCACCAAUGACAAUAUCUGGUGAACUUAAAUUUGCUGAUACAAAAUCGAAAAAUUUUAAAAACUACCUCUUCGAAUUUAGUCAAGCGAAACUUUAUUGUUAUAAAGACAAAGUAUGCGCGAAUAUAUUAUAUGAAUGGAAAAUAGAAGAUAUCAUUUGGUAUUUAGGUCACGAAUCAAAACGAAAUCCACAAACAGGAUGGUCCAUUACAUUCAUAAUCAAAAAUAAAAAACCAACUAGAUGUAAAGAAACUCCAUUUUUCGGAAAUACUUUAGCAGGAUCAUUAAAAGAAGAACAAUAUAAAUGGAUAGCAGCUAUGGUUUUUGGAGAAUAUCAAUUAAAUGUACGACCACCUUCAGUCAAUCUUAUGGAUCCAUGAACAAAUAACUUAUUCUUUUAAGUUAUGCUACUUAGUGCCUUUAAAAUUUAUAAUAAUAAUUUUUGUAUUAUGUACAAAUUUUUUUAAGCCCAUACUUGCCUUAAAAAAUCGAUUUUUAAUUUUCAUAUGUAAUGUAUUUGUAUUAAAAUAAAUACACAAAUAUAAUACGGAAAUAAAAUUUAACAUUCAGAAAAUAUAAA